CCGUGAACGUCAGUUCCAUGAUGGCUGAAGAUCCCGGAGGAGCUUUCUUUAAUUUCACCCUCAUUUUUAUCGUUUUUUCGUUACCUCUGCUGGAAAGAUGGCAGGGCACACAGCCUCGAUAAACGGCCAUAGACCCCCGCUGUCGUUAUGCCCAAGAAAGGGAACCGAAAACGGCUGAAAUUUAAAGCCGAUGAUGUUUGCUCGGAGUCAGUAACUGUGGCUGACUAUGCCAACGCCGAUCCCGCCAUUGUAAAGUCGGGAAGAGUUAAAAAGGCUGUUGUUAAUGCAAUUGAAAAAGAAGUGAAAUUACUCUGUGGACUUGAGGCAUCCCAGGGUCCUGUGCAGGAAGUGCUCUCCUCUGCAGCUGGCGUGAGCGAUGCAGCCCACGAGAGUAGUGAUGAACUGGGCUCAGAGGAAGGGGAUGAAAUCAAAGGGUCCUGUAAAAAGAAAAACAAAAGGCGCAAAGAAAACAGCGAGAGCAUAGAUGGAGAGGAGUAUCCCGUUGAUAUUUGGCUUCUGCUAGCUGCAUACAUUCGGCCGGAAGAUGUCUGCAGGUUCUCCUUGAUUUGCAGGAAUGCUUGGAUUGCCACAUGCACAGCGGCAUUUUGGACACGGCUCUACAAAAGGCACUAUAAUCUUGAUGCAGACCUCCCCGAUCGCCUUCAGCCUGAUUCUAUUGCAAAGAUGCGUUGUCUUCGUGCACGCGUUAUUCGCUCGCUUUUUCACUUAUAUGAGCCCUUUAGCUCGCGAGUCUCCAAAAGCCCUCCUCUCCCUGAAUCUACACCUACCACACUCCUCAAUUCCAAGUGUUUGCUGUUUUGGGUCAACAAAGUGUCUGGAAGUAGGCCGGAGCCUAUGUGGGAGUUCAACUUCAAGUUAGUGAAACUGCCAACCAAGGGCAAAAAUGGAUGUGGUUUGAGUCUUCAGCUGCCCAAGCAGUAUAAAGAUGUUCACACUAAUCCGGACUCGGACUGUUAUCUGCUGCGAGUCACUACCCUUAAUUUCAUUUUCACUUCUGUUGUGAUGGGCAUGACGUUAACUUUGUUCACCAUUAAUGUGAGCACAGACAUGAGGCAUCACCGAGUGCGCCUGGAUUUCCAGGAUUCACCAGUCAUUAGAGGGAAGAAGCUUAGGGGUGAACAAGGGGUGCAGGUGGUGUUGGACCCUGUCCACAGCGUGCGCCUCAUGGACUGGUGGCACCCUCAGUACCCCACAUCCUCAUAUAAUUAGUCCGGACUACAAUCUUCUCAGUUCCAAAAACGUUGCAGAAGACAGUUCAGGGCCGUUUCAACCAACCUUAAAAGCCUGGCAGUUUUUUUUUUUGUUUGUUUUUUUUUUCUCUUCCUGCUGAUUUUUUUCGGUGCUUUUUAUAGUAUGCUGAUCUGUAGUCCAAACUCAAGGUGUCAUGACGGUGUAUGUGGCUAUUGACUUUAAUAGUCUGGGUACCUGAAAUAUUUAAUUUGAUACCAAUAAAACAAAGUGGCUGCAUGUUAGAAGUCAAUAUGUCUUGAUGCCAUUGUCCACCUAUUUUUCUUUUCUCUUUUCCUGAAUGAUUAAAUUCCUAAUUCCCAACUAUUUGACUCUCUCUAAAAACAGCCUCUGCUUGCUGCCCUCUAUUUUUUAUUUAUUUAUUUUUUAACAAAAGUCUUUUCAAAUGAAGUAUGGCAUCUGCCCCAGUACAUGGUAUACUCUUUUUGGCCCUUGAGUGUGGUUUACAAAAAUCAACAUUGAGUUGUAACACUUGCAUAGUAGGGUUUGCAUGACACUAAUCUUGAAUCAUGUUAAAAGUUGUUAAUUUAUUUUUUAUAUCAUUCUCAAGAUUCACUGUAGAUUUCUUACUCUAUCAGCAAAUUCAUAAAUUGGCAUACGGGAUGACCAUUCAAUAAAACAAAUAAUCCAUUAAGGCUCGUCAGCUCUAGAGAGGUGUAGUGUAACCUAUUCUGAAAACAUUUUAGCUUGGUGUUAGGUUUAGGGACAAAGCUAAGAUUUUAUGCAUUCAGUGCUUUCUGUGGAGGCCAUUGAGUUCAGCUUUGCUGCUCUGCAUGUUUGCCUAGUUAAAUUGCGUCUAAUGAUGGAAUUGGUGAGGAAGUUUCUAGGUGUUGUAGAUAUUAAAGUGUCUUUGGUUAAGAGAAUGUUAUUGUUUGUGAUCGAGAAGUUAAUAAAUCCUAUAGAUAAAAUCCAAAGUAAACAUUUGUUUCCUCAUUUACAAUCAAAUCCAGAGGUUGUGCUUUUGUGAAGUAAGUUCUAUGCUUCGUUUUAAUUUGAAGCUUGCAUUUUGUUUUAGACUGGAAAAUGAAGGCACUUAUGUUUCGCUAUAUUAAAAAAAAAAAAUACACAC